AUGUUGCAGUGCAUUCAUCAAUUUUCCACAGCCUGUUGCUGUGACCUUGCCUUGGUUCUCAGGUUCCAGUGGGCUGUGUUAAUGGCGAGAUGUCAUUGGAUAGUAACUCUGGGUCUUGAAACGCAAAUGCUGUCGAUUCCUGCAAAGUGUCAGGGUAAUGAAGGAUUAAGAAGGUCACAUCCUAGACGGUUCUAUGGAGUUUCAAUAGGGGCCCUCAGGUUCCAGUCGGCAGUGUUAAUGGUCAGAUGUAGUCAUCGGAUUGUAGCUCUGGGUCUUGAAAUGCAACUUUACAAGAUCUAUCGUGGAAUGAUAACAGCUGCUAGCAUACAUCCGUAUCAUCCAAGACAUGUGCUUCAGUCAUUACUAUCAGGCAAAGGUCUAUGCCCGUAUCCCAUUGUAUCUUUACCACGGCGGUCUACUUCAUCUUUCAUCCUAAACCAGCAAUCUUCUUCACCUUGGCACCCUUUUACCCUUUAUGUGGAUGUUCACUUUGGGGUUAAUUCCUUGGAGCAUCUGUUAGUUUAUACUCCAUCAGGCUAUGUGAUUAAACUAGAGCUUCUGCCAUCAAUUGAGGCGGAGCCAAAUGAGAGUGAUCCAGCAACUUGGUCUGGCUCAUAUGUACAUUCGUAA